CUAUGUCACUGCAAAAGCAUAUAACCCAUAGCCCAUAGAUCUCCUCCAAACCCUCUCUCUCUCUCUCUCUCUCAUUCUUGCAAGAACAUGUUGUCCAAGAAUAUGUUCAUGGGACUUACGAUCUCAUACAUUCUAGUACUGCUGUUUGGGCUUACAUCAUGCGACGUAGAGAAAGAUAAAGAAAAGUGUACAAAUCAGCUGAUAGGGUUAGCAACCUGCCUGCCCUAUGUGAGCGGGGAGUCCAAAUUCCCCCCAAUGGACUGCUGCACCGGCUUCAAGGAGGUGCUGCAGAAGAGCAAAGAGUGCUUGUGCUUGUUGGUUAAGGAUAGAAAUGACCCCAGCCUCGGCUUCAAGAUCAAUGCCACUCUCGCCCUCAGUCUCCCCAGUAAGUGUAACGCCCCCGUCAACCAGAGCAUCACUGACUGUCCAGCUGUCCUUCAUCUGCCACCAAAUUCACCAGAUGCUAAGGUUUUUGAGGAUUUUGCAAACAGUGGCAAGAAAAGCAAUGCUACUGCCCCACCUGCUGCUGAAAAUUCGUCGACUGAGAUGCCACCGGCUAAUCCAAAGAGCGACGGAGGAAAAAGCAAGAGUCGGCUCGGGGUCGAAAUGGUUUCAUGGCUAUCGCUAGCUAUGGUUGCAUGCAGUUCAUAUCUUGCACAAUACCUCUGAUGCGUAACAAAAAAUUCAAAUUUUUUUGUUGCGUUUCGAUUUUCUUAAUUACGAAUAACAAUGCUCUGUUUGGACUUUGAAUUUGGUGAGGAGAAAAAAUAGAAAAGUUUCGAGAAAUUGCAAUGUACUUAUAUUAUAAGAUGAGGAUAGUGUAAUGUUUUUUCCUCAUUAAAGUUGAAGGCCAAACAUGGUGUACGCAGGUCUAGGAUGUCUAAUGAAAUAGAAAAAAGUUGUAUUUAGGGCAAUCAACGCUUUUGUAAGCUACAACUGUGUUCAUAUGCUUGUAUUUGUGUAUUAUGUGGUUAUAUAUUCCUAAUUAAUCUAAGUUAAUUUCCCCAUUA